GCGCCACACAACAGUCGUGUAGAAAUCUGAAUAUGUGAAGCAGUUUGAGUAUAAAUGAACUCUGCGUGAAAGUGAGUUAUUCUGACUAAUUGUGAAGGAAAGAAUAAAGUAAUUUCUACGAAUAGUUGAGUAUCUCAUUGAGUACCUCAUUGAGUAACUCUAAGGUUGAAAUAUGGCAUCUCGAAUGAAUGUCUUCUUGACUUUUGUACGUCAUUAUGCGGCGCAGCCGAGAGCUUGGAAGCCAAAGGGUAUAAGAUAUGGCCAUAUUAUAUAUUAUCCAAGGCAUCCGAAUCAUGUUGAUCCGCCUAUCAUACCAACUAAACUUUUAAUGGUUACACGAGUGAAACCUUUUAAGGGUAACCCUUACUGGGAGAAGAAUAUACUUGAGAAACACUUGGGUAUUCCAAGAUUGGAAAAAGGACCAGUAAUCGUUAAGAACACACCAGAAAUAUGUGCCAUGUUAUGGUCAGUAAAGCAUUUAGUGAAAGUCACUCCCAUAAAAUUACCCGACAAAUUGCCAACUGAGGAUGACUUGAAUGGUACAUAUUUACAUGAAAAUGGUACAUUUUAUAUUGUACCAAAAGUAGAUCCUGCACGUUAUGAAGCUACGGAUGAGUUUGUUAAUAGUCCGAAGAAGCUAAAUCGCAAUCUUAUAUCUGAAAAAUUGAGACUCAAGUGGUUAUCAUAUGGUCUUGUGUACAAUUGAAUGAAAUAAAUAAUGUAGUUAUUAAUCAAA